AUGGCUUCUCCUUUUUUGAAUCCCCUGGCUGAGGAAUGGAUACCCUCGAAAACCCAGAAACAAUCUUCAUUUCAUCAUUCCCAACAAUCUUCAUGUCCACUGAUGCUAACCUACUCUGUGCAGCUUCCUUAUUAUCACCUACCAUUACUAGCGAGCUACCAGUUUGAUAUCGUGUACGAUAUAAACUCCCAGCCUCAGCCUUUUCGUCGCCCCUCUCCUUUCAUCCCAUUUCUGCCGGAUGUGCAUUUCUACAGCGAAACCGGCGGUUCUUUGGUUGAAAUGAAAAAGGAGGAAAAUGGUUUCAAGAUUGUUGAAAGUCCAAGGAUUGUAAGAAGUUCAAACAGUAACUGUGCCAAUGGAGUAAAAAGGAGGAAAAAAAGGUUUCGGCCGGUGAAGAUUGUCGGCGAUAGAUUGGAGUGGAGGCCCAAGGAGCCAGUAUCUUCACCCACAUCUCCUUUGGAUAUCUUUCCCUCUGAGAAAACUACUAUCAUGAUUAAGAACAUUCCAAAUCAGAUGAGGAGAGAUGAUUUAAUGGAUUUUCUUGACUGGUGCUGCCGAGACCACUCUUUGGAGUAUGAUUUCUUGUACUUACCAAUGGACUUCAGGACAGAGAAUAACUUGGGAUAUGCUUUCGUCAACUUCACAACUUCAGCAGCUGCUCUGAGGAUCAAAAAAAUCCUUCAAAACUACCAUUGGGGUGUGGUUGUGAACAGUGAAUCAUCGAAGAAAAUCUGUGAACUUACUUGGGCUCGAAUCCAGGGGAAGGAGAAUUUGAUUAGAAGAUUUGAGACCUCCAUUUUCGUUUGUGAUCGGUUGGAUUUCCUACCAGUGAUUCACUUGGGUGGAGCUUUACCCAGGUCCUCUAUGAGCCAUCCAAUGGUUCUUGGAAAGAUGCAUCGCAGUAAAAUGAUUGAGUCUGUUGGUGCUGUGGCAUGGCUUGGCUUGGCUGGGCUGGUGUCUUAG